UAUAACUUUCUCCGACUUUCUCGGACGUGUUUUAUGCCACUUCUUUUUCUGUCUCAUUUUGUCCACCAAACUUUAAACGUUGUGCAUGAAUGCACAAAGGAGGAAGAACCAUGCCGAGUUGCAGGAAUAACUUGGCUUUAAUAAAGACUUCAGGAGGACAGCAAUUUUACAUACGCACUGCAUGAGAGAGUGGUAAUAACCGAUUCCCUGAUGUGCACACCCUGGUGGUGUGUUGGAAAAUUACAACAACAAAACAGUCAUUUUACCAAAUGGUCUACACUCUGCAAUCUGGCGGGCGGCGAUGUGUCGGAGCCUGCCUGCAGUUACCAGGACGUCUUGGACCACCUGAACCUGACCAGAAGCAACGAGCUGUACAUCAUGACGCGGCCGGUGAGAAACUACAAGCAACGCACCCAGGUGUCCCUGGAGGUUCUACUCUACGCCAUCCUGGACGUGGUAAAUGUGGCGGAAACCCUCAAAAAACAAAAGUCUCGUUUCCGCAUCUCUUCGUGUGUUUGUGCUCAGGUGGAGAAGGAGCAGAAGUUCAUCCCUUACGUCCAGACCGCCACGAGGUGGCGCAAUGACUACAUUUCCUGGGAUCCCCAAGAGUUCUGCGGGAUAGAUAAUGUGUCUCUUCCCGCUGAGGUCCUGUGGAAGCCAGACCUCACCAUCGAGGAGAUGACGGAGAAGGACAAAGCCCCGCCCACUCCCUAUGUGACCAUCAGCGCUAAUGGCUUCGUGGAGGUCCAUUACGACCAAGUCCUGGUCUGCACCUGUCGGAUGCACAUCUACAAGUUCCCCUUCGACACGCAGCGAUGCAACCUCACCUUCAAGUCCGUCAUACACACGGCCAAAGACCUGCUCCUGAAGGCCAGCGACAACUCCAGCGAGGCCUCCGAGUCGUCGCGCGAGCUGAUGAGGACGCAGUACGAGUGGGUCUUCCUCAACAUGAACGUGACCGCCUACAACGCCAGCGUCGACAGCGACCAGGACAAGAUCGUCUACACGAUCACCAUGAGGAGAAAACCCAUCCUCUACAUCGUCAACUUCGUGUUGCCCGUCCUGUUCUUCCUGGGUCUGGACUUGGCCUCCUUCCUGAUCUCGGACAGGGCCGGGGAGAAGCUGAGCUUCAAGAUCACGGUGCUGUUGGCCGUCACCGUGCUGCAGCUCAUUCUCAACGAAAUCCUGCCGUCCUCCACCAACAGGAUCCCGCUCAUCGGCGUCUACUGCAUCGGGAUCUUUGCUCUGAUGCUGCUCAGCCUCUUGGAGACCAUCUGUGUGAUGCGCCUGAUGCAGAUAGACAACAAAAGCGACAACCACGCAGACGGGGAGGAGAACGGCGGCUUUAGCAAACACGCUAACUUUUAUAACGGAGGUGUGCAGGACUGCGGAGGCAUCUACUCCAUGUCUGCCAGCGAGGCUCUGAACGCCACGUUACCCGGAGCCAGAGAGAGUCAGAGCGGCGUGCUGUGCCAGACGCUGGAGAAGCUGUCGGACGAGCUGAAGGCCAUGGAGAGAACGCUGAGGCUGCUGCACGGCGGCCACAAGGAGGAGUUGGGAUACUGGAGCCGACUGGCCAGAAAUAUCAACAGGGUCUUCUUCAUCUUCUACGUGACUCUGGUCGUCCUCUUUUUAACGCUGCUCUUUACCAAAUGGACCAGUGACUAAGGAUGUUUGUACGCCGAGCUUCUUCACUAGCAGCAGAACAUAUAAAGCAGGGGUCACCAACGCGGUGCCCGCGGGCACCAGGUAGCCCGUAAGGACCAGAUGAGUAGCCCGCUGGCCUGUUCUAAAAAUAGCUCAAAUAGCAGCACUUACCAGUGAGCUGCCUCUAUUUUUUUAAUUUUAUUUAUUUACUAGCAAGCUGGUCUCGCUUUGCCCGACAUUUUUAAUUCUAAGAGAGACAAAACUCAAAUAGAAUUUGAAAAUCCAAGAAAAUAUUUUAAAGACUUGGUCUUCACUUGUUUAAAUAAAUUCAUGAAUUGUUUUACUUUGCUUCUUAUAACUUUCAGAAAGACAAUUUUAGAGAAAAAAAUACAACCUUAAAAAUGAUUUUAGGAUUUUUAAACACAUAUACCUUUUUUACCUUUUAAAUUCCUUCCUCUUCUUUCCUGACAAU